GUAUAUGUACGCAUUUGUGUAGUGUGUGCAAUAAAUGCGGCGGUUCACAUCAUCGAACGGUCAACUCAGAUCUCGAAUUCUUAUAUAGUGACAUGAUUAAUUUGAUUAAAAAUAGUUGCAAACUAUUUUAUCGAAAUUUUUAAAGGAAAACUAAAGAAUACUUUUUCUUUGAUCAAUUACAACAGAUAGAUUACAGUAUUUUAAAGUGCCUGGAGUGCUUGUUUAGGUUAAACAUUGCGUCAAACAUAUAGUCUAAACAGAAGGUAAACAAUAUGUCUAUCAACUCGAAAAAGGAAGCCAAAAACAGUAGUUACGGGAACCAGGAAAGUCUUCAAGCUAUAGUAUUUGCUGACGAUUUUAUUCACGAAUUGAAACCUUCAGAAGAAGUCUAUCCCAGCAUAUUGUUACCCAUAGUGACUGCUCCACUAUUUGACUAUUUACUAGAAACUUUGGUCCGUUCAAGGGUACAGCAAGUUUUUUUGUAUUGCAGUAGUCAUGUUGAAAAGCUUAAAGAGUUAAUUGAUUUGAAGAAGCAUUUUCAAGAUGAGAAUUUAAUCAUAACCCCUAUUUUUUCUGAUGGGUGCAGGUCACUCGGAGACGCUCUCAGAGACAUUGACACCAAAGGUUGUAUAAGGGGUGAUUUUAUUUUGAUACGUGGCACAGCUUUUGCUAAUGUUGACUUACGUACCCUAAUGGAUUUACACAAACUGCGAAAAGAAAAAGAUAAGAAUACUGCAAUGACCAUGAUUUUCAGAAAUCUAGGUAACGUCAAAGAUUCUGCUCUAAAAUCAGAGUCUAGUUUAGUGGUUUCAAAUGCCAAUACAAGAAAACUCUUACAUUAUAAAAAGUUUGCUCAGAAUGAGAAAAAAAUUGAUCUUGAACUUCAAUGGUUUUUGGAACAUGAUAAAAUUCACAUUGAUACUGCCUUAUUUGAUACAAGAAUCUACAUGUGUUCUCAAUCAGUACUUCCACUGUUUGCUGAUAACUUUGACUUUCAGACAAUGGAGGACUUUAUCCGUGGUGUUUUAAUUAAUGAAGAAUUUUUGGAUUCAAGAAUUUAUUGGGAGCCAUUAGCAUCACCAACAUAUGCAUUGCCUAUUAGUUCAUGGAAAGCAUACCAGAUUUUAUGCAGAGAUAUUUUGCAACGUCAAUGCUAUCCUUUGGCUCCAGAUACUUUGCCGUUAUCACUACGAUAUUUUAUUUAUAUGUCCAGAAGUACCUACAAACAUCAUGCUGCAACAUUAUCAAAAGGUUGCACUUUGCACAGUGAAUCGAUUGUUGGUGAAAAUAGUACAUUAGGAGAGAAUUCAUUUAUUCAAAGAUCAGUUAUAGGUUCCAACUGUACAAUAGGGAUAAAUGUUCAGAUUAAUAAUUCUUAUAUUAUUUCGAAUUCUCUAAUCAAAGAUGACUGUGUUAUUAAUAAUAGCAUAGUAUUUCCAAAUUGUACAUUGGAAAAAGGUACAAAAUUAAAUGCUUCUAUAUUAGCACCAAAUAUUACAUGCAAAGGAGAUCAUGUAAAUGAAUUUAUUAGAAUUGAUAAUGACGGUAAUGUAGUGAUUAAAAAGAAAGAGUUACAUUUAGAUGAUAAUGAUAAUGACUUUUCCACUGUUCUUGCUGAGGAUGAUUGUGAUGAGGACAGUGAUUGCGACGCAUCAUCCACAUCAUCAAUUUCAUCAGCUUGGUCUUCGCCAUCAUCAAGAGAUUCAGCUCUACCUCCAGUUCUUCAAGAUGACAAUGAAAUGUUUUUGUCUGAAGUUGUUGACAGUUUACUGCGUGGCUAUCAAGAUAAACUCAAGUGUGAAAACUUGAUUUUAGAAGUGAAUUCUUCAAGAUAUGCCUAUAAUGUAAGCAUUCGUCAAGUUUCAUACAACGUGAUUAAAGCCAUUUUAAGUUUACCAUCUUUACAUUAUACAUCAACAACUAAUAACAGUUCAAAUCUUAACCUUCAGUCUGUUGAAUAUCAGAGAAUUUUAAAAGCUAUGUUAAACUACUUCAAACCUAUAAUUAGUAAUUACAUAAAAACUGAAAAUGCUCAGGAAGAUUGUUUACGUGCUAUAGAAGAUGUUGCUUACACCAAUCAAGAUUUUAUUGUACUAUAUGCUCAAAAUUUGCUACAUUUUUUCUAUGAUAAUGAGAUUUUGUCAGAAGAAAAGAUUAUGGAAUGGUUUGAACAAGACUGUAAUGGUGAUAAUGAUGGUAUGGAUGAAUAUUACAACAACGUUGAUGAUGUAAAACAACAAGAGAGCAAGCAAAAUGUAGCUAAAGCUAUUAGAGCAGCUGUAUUACCAUUUGUAAACUGGUUAAAAGAAGCUGAGGAAGAUUCAUCAGACUCAUCAUAGAUUCAAAAUUGAAGCCAAAUUUUUUUUCUAUCAAGUAUAUUUCCAGGGAAUUUGAUUGUACAUAUAAAUGUAAAAGAUGUAUAAAUAUUAGUUAUUUUUUCAUAGAAAUAAAUCUUUUUUAUUAAAAAAGAAAAUUAACGAUUGUUGCUUGAAUAAUUGAUGAAUAGCAAAAUACAAAAUGAAUUGUGUCCAGAUAAAGCGUGUUAUUAUUUUUAUGAUUCAUCAUCACUAUUUGCUUUUCCUGCUCUAGGUUUUGGUCCACCAGCUCGUUUA